CGUUACAUAAAUAUAUCACCACCACCACCACCUCAGAGCCCUCCAUUCCCAAGCUCUGCAGAGAAGUUGAAAGAAAUGGAGAAGAGCAAGAUGAGAUGCUGCAUGGGGCUUUUCCUGAUGCUCCUCCUCGUCCUUGCCGCCCAGGAGGCGGAGGGGAGGGUUUGCGAGUCUCAGAGCCACGGCUUCCGCGGGACUUGCUUCCGCAGCCACAACUGCGCCCUCGUCUGCCGCAACGAGGGCUUCUCCGGCGGCGAGUGCCAUGGCCUUCGGGGCCGCUGCUUCUGCACCAAGCUCUGCUGAAAAAUGCCAAUGCACGUGCGUGCAACAGAAUAAGAACGUGAUGCGUUGUAGUGGUGUGAGCGAGUGAGCCAAAUAAAACUUAUUUGAAGAUUCUGGGCUCGUUAGUUUCUCAGCUUUCUAGGGCUUGAUGUGCUUUUUGACCAUUCGCUGUGCUCUCUCUUCCUGCCCUUUUUGUGUAAUUUCCUGAUCGGGGGUGUAAUGUGUUUCAUGCUUCUGUUUUCC